UACAUAAUUUUCAUUUUGCUUUCUAUAGAUGGUGCACAAAUGGAACGAGCAUUGCAUUUUUAUAAUGCCUCCCUUGUUGAAAGACUAAAAAUAGUGAAUGUAAACCCUAAGAAAUCUGUGAUAGCAUACUGCAAUGUAGCAAAUGUCCUGUCUCAAAAUUGUGGGAAACACCACAUAGCCUUGAAACUUUUGUUCAAUGCAGAGAAGAUCCAAAAAAAUAAUGGCUGGCUCCAUAUGAACACUGGUUUGGUGCUGAUUCACAUUGCACAAAUAUAUUUGAGAAUGUGUCAAAUCUCCGAGAGUCUGACAACAUUGCAUGAGGCUUUGGCCAUCUACGACUACAUAAACCCAAACUACAUCGGAAAGAUAAAGGUCCUCCAACUGAUUGCACACUGCUAUCUGCUGAAAGAGGAAUUUGAUAACGCCAAGAAGUAUUUCAAGUCCAUAUUGGAUGUUAACAGUGACAAUCUUUUGAGCAGCGUAUCAGAGGUUGAGAUUUUCUCAAUGGCUUUUGAACACCUGAUUUAUCUCAGUUUGGAAGAUCCACAGAACCAGAUGAUUCAUUUGGAGAAUAUUUUGAACCAUCUAAGACAACUAUUGAAACAAAGUGUAACUGAAAAACAGAAGCUACGAUAUUCCAAUGCUAUUGCCAAGUACCAGUCCUUGAAAAUACUCCUGCUUGAUAAACUCAGCCAACAUGAAGAAAGAGCUGGACUGCUCAUGGACUCAAUCCCUUUUCUUUGUCAAUAUUGUAUGACCUACAGGCAUUAUUUUAAUUGUUCUCAAGAGAAUUAUAUUCAUAAACUCUGCGGACUGAGAUCUAAUUCACAUGAAGUUGACUUUCAAUAACAAUUAAAGAUUGUAGAAUAAAGGAUGGUCUAUGAUUUGACAUUUUUGGUAUGAUUGACUUCAUAAUAGCAGAGGUCAACUAGGAAACCUUGACCUGCUAGAAAUGGUAGGUAAAUCUCCCUUGCACAAAUAACGUUAUACGUUAUUCAAAGCUUAAUGGAGACUUUGCAAAAUGUAGUUUUUGAUAAACUAACUUUUACUUGUUUCAGUCAUUAGGAUGUGGUCAUGCUUGGACUGGUAUUCCGUUUGUGAUAUGCUUUUGAAAUGGAAUGAAAGCAUGCCUUUUUUUUAAAUAACUUUUGACUGGAGAUGAAAAAUGGAUUGUGUUUGAAAAUGUAGUGUGAAAAAGAUUCCAAAAUAGCAACCAAAUACAAAUAUCCAUGCCAAAAACGCUAUGCUUUGUGUUUGAUGGGAUCAUAAAGGCAUUAUUUAUUGUGAGCCUCUCCCCCAAAACCAGAUCAUUAAUUCUGAUGUAUACUGUCGUCAGCUGGCUAAUUUGAACCAAAAAUAUCAAAGAACUGAUGCCAGAGAUUGCCAUCAGGACAGGGGUAGUGUUCCAAUAAGACUAUGGUUGACCAUGUGUGUGUCUUUGGCUACCUGAACAAAGUUACAUGAACUUGGCUGAGAUCUAUUACACCAUCCGCCAUACUCUCCUGAUAUUGUGUCAUCUGAAUACCACUUGUUUUUGUCUCUACAGAAUUCAUUGCAAGGAAAAACAUUUAAGAAUUCAGCCGGAGUCAGAAUGCAUCUAGAAAACUUUGUUUCUUCAAAACCAGUCAGAUUUUAUGCUGAUGGAAUAUUUAGAUUAACUUCUAGCUUUCUUCCAGCCCAGACUUGAACUCCCUGGACUAUGCCAUAUGGAGAAAAUAGGAUCACUCGACCAACAGAACUUUGCAUUCAAGUUUUGAUCAUUUUAAGCAAAUCCUAAGGAAAGAAUGGGACAACAUGUCUGAGUACUUCAUCAUGGUAAGUUGUAAUGCCUUCAGGUGGCAUGUGAAGGCUGUGGUGGACAUAUUGAAUAAAUUAUCUUUUUAUACCUCUA